AUGUCAAAGAUUUUCGCUGACGAAACAAAUGCAUAUACCUCAAGAUGGUCUGUGACAGAAAUUAAAGAAAUACAUGGUAAUAUAUCCGUAUUCUCAAGAAUCUCAGAAGAAUACACGGAUGCAGAACAUAUUUUUGAGUUCAUUAGAAAAACAGCUGACAUAUUGCUACAGACAAAAGUGGCAUCAUUUAUAUUUGCUGUGACAUUGAUUCUUCCACUUUUAAUGAUAGGCGUUGGUGUAUCCAAUCUGGAAGAAUGUCCCUUAGAUCCUAAAAUUCCGGUAUUUGUUCUCGUUGGUGGUGCGUUGGCAUUAUUAAAAAUAUUACAAGUAAUGUGGAGUCAAUAUCAUCAUAGGCGACAUCGUGAAAGUGUAAUGGAUGAAGAAGAAACGCCGGAGGGAGCAAAUGGAUCAGCAUUUAUGCAAAUAUCUAUAUCGUUAAUUCUUUUUGUUUGGUUUGUAUUUGGUAAUUAUUGUAUAUUUAAAGUUCGAUUUCCUUCUUAUGAACAAACAAUAGAAGAUCCAAAUAAUUGGUGCAAAAAAAACGUCUAUUUAAUUGCGUUCGUUAGUAUUAUUUAUUCCUAUGCGUUGGUUGGCUUAAUGAUUACUUUAUUGCUAAUUGUUGUUUGUGUUGUACACUGCAGGCACAAAAGACGAGCUAUUCAAAUAGCAAAAGUAGCAGCUAGUUAA